CAAUUAUUCAUGUAUCCAUUUUUCCCAUAAAAGCAGUGAUGUGAAAAAAGAAGAAAAAAAAUUGGUGCGAAAAAUAAAUAAAUAAGUCUUUAAUAAAUGAAUAAACGACAACAAAUAAAUUGAGCUUAGAAUUCCUUUUCCUUUGUUGAGUUGUCUUCUCCCUUGUCCCUCUUUGUUGCACUCUUCGGUCUUCACUGAGUUUAUUGAUUCACUCACAAUUUUCGUCUUCCAUUUUCUCCCAUUUCGAAAAGAUACUGAUCGGUUCGGUGAAUUACUGAUUGGUAGUUUCCUCAAAUUGCGGAUUUCAUUUUUUUUUUUUUACAUUUUCCUUUCUCAUUUCAUUGAUUCCUCAAUUUUCAUCAACUCAAUAGCUUUACUUCUCACCCACCAUUUCAGCGAUGCCACUUCCGAGGUUCAAUCAUUAUCUAUUGGGAAAAGUUUUAGCUUCCCAUUUCCAUUCUAACAAUUUCUCUUGUAUCGCUUUCAGUCUUUAUUCUGCAACAAAUUGUGUUUCUUCUGUUUUGUAUUCAACUACUAAUCUUAGAGAUCAAAGUGAGGGUAACUGCAACAAAUUUGGGAGUUUCAAUGAUGGUUUGGGGAAAGCGGGUUCUGGUUUUCAAAAAGACUUAAGUUUUAGUGCUAGUGUUAGUGAUGAGGCAGAAGAAGAGGAGUGCGAAGAAGGAGAGGGGUCUAGUGAUGAUGAGAGUCUUGAGUUCAUUAGUUCCUAUCAUGGAAACCACAAGGAGAAAGAUAGUAUUGCAAGAGUUGAAAUUGGUGAUAGUGAAUUUAGGCACCCUUUGGUCAGGGAGGUUUGUAGAUUAAUCACAUUUAGGUCUGCUUGGAACCCUAAUUUUGAAGGACAUUUGAGGCACUUAUUGAGAAGCCUCAAGCCACCACUUGUUUGCGCCGUUUUGCGCUCUCAGGUUGAUGAGCGUGUUGCUUUGAACUUUUUCUAUUGGGCCGAUAGGCAGUGGCGCUACAGGCAUGUCACUGUUGUCUACUACACAAUGCUUGAUGUCCUUAGCAAGACCAAAUUGUGCCAAGGUGCAAGGAGGGUUCUUCGGCUCAUGAAGCGCCGCGGAAUUCAGUGUUCACCCGAAGCUUUUGGUUAUGUGAUGGUGUCUUAUAGCCGCGCAGGGAAGUUGAGGAAUGCAUUGCGGGUUUUGACCUUGAUGCAGAAAGCUGGGGUUGAACCUAAUUUGUCUAUAUGUAACACCACUAUCUAUGUUUUGGUGAAGGGAAAUAAGUUGGAAAAGGCGCUGAGAUUCUUGGAGCGAAUGCAGGUGAUUGGAAUUGAACCCAAUGUUGUAACUUACAAUUGCUUGAUCAAGGGUUACUGUGAUUUAAAUCGAAUUGAGGAUGCAUUGGAGCUUAUUGCAGGAAUGCCAUCCAAGGGAUGCCCUCCAGAUAAAGUUAGUUAUUAUACUGUGAUGGCUUUCCUCUGUAAGGAGAAAAAAGUUGAGCAGGUGAAGUGUUUAAUGGAGAACAUGGUUCGGAAUAGUAGCUUGAUACCAGAUCAGGUUACAUAUAAUACACUUAUCCACAUGCUUUCAAAGUAUGGACAUGCAGAUGAGGCUCUUGCUUUCCUUAAGGAAGCAGAAGACAAGGGCUUCCACAUUGAUAAGGUUGGGUAUAGUGCAAUAGUUCACUCAUUCUGUCAAGAGGGGAGGAUGGGUGAGGCCAAGAGUUUAGUCAUUGAUAUGUACUCAAGAGGAUGUAACCCUGAUGUUGUGACGUAUACUGCUAUUAUCGAUGGAUUUUGUCGCUUGGGUAGGAUAGAUGAAGCAAAAAAGAUGCUGCAGCAGAUGUACAAACAUGGGUGCAAGCCAAAUACUGUAUCAUAUACAGCUUUGUUGAAUGGCCUCUGUCACAAUGGAAAAUCAUUAGAGGCAAGAGAGAUGAUAAAUGUAAGUGAGGAGCAUUGGUGGACCCCAAAUGCGAUCACUUAUGGUGCCGUGAUGCAUGGGCUCCGUAGGGAGGGAAAAUUUUCUGAGGCCUGUGAUUUGACCUGGGAAAUGAUUGAAAAAGGGUUUUUCCCAAAUCCAGUUGAAAUUAACCUGCUAAUACAGUCUCUCAGUCAAAAUCAGAAAGUAGUAGAAGCUAAAAAAUAUUUAGAGGGGUGUCUGAAUAAGGGGUGUGCCAUUAAUGUUGUAAACUUCACUACUGUAAUUCAUGGUUUUUGUCAGAUCGGUGACAUGGAAGGUGCUCUAUCUGUGCUAGACGACAUGUACUUAAGUAACAAACAUCCUGAUGCCGUCACAUAUACAACAUUGUUUGACGCAUUGGGGAAGAAAGGUAGAUUGGAUGAGGCAGCUGAAUUGAUUUUAAAGAUGCUUAGCAAAGGUUUGGUUCCAACUCCUGUAACAUACAGGUCAGUUAUCCACCGUUACUGUCAAUGGGGUAGAGUAGAUGAUAUGUUGAACUUAUUAGAAAAAAUGCUUGCUAGGCAGCCAUUUAGAACAGUAUACAAUCAGGUUAUUGAAAAGCUUUGUGAUUUUGGGAACCUUGAGGAGGCCGAGAAACUAUUGGGUAAGGUAUUGAGAACUGCAUCAAAAUUUGAUGCUAAUACAUGCCAUGUUCUGAUGGAAAGCUAUCUGAAUAAAGGGAUUGCUCUAUCAGCGUAUAAAGUGGCAUGUCAAAUGUUUAGACGGAAUUUGAUUCCUGAUUUAAAAUUGUGUGAGAAAGUGAGCAAGAAGCUGGUGUUAGAUGGUAAGUUGGUGGAGGCUGAUAACCUUAUGUUACGACUUGUUGAGCGUGGAAUACAACAAAAAUAAGAUGCAUUUGUAAAGUUAGCUGCUAUGCUAAGAUUAAGCCUUGUAGCGAAGAUUUUGUUUUCAUUUUCCUUUGUUGGUAUUCUAUCUUGCUGCUUCAAUGUGGCAAGGCAUUUUUUGGGAAAAAAUGAUUUUAUUUAGAGAAUGUAAAUUUCGCCCAUAUAACCAUCAUAGAUAUGAUUUAGAUAAUUUUACCAUUUUUAAGUUCAUUCACAAAUUGAUUUCUCUUUUAUGUUGAUAAUGAUACGCACAUGCACUAGAGCACACUGCAGGUUCUAUUCUAAACAUCAAACUGAUCAACCACACCUCAACGUAAGUUUUAUGCACUCCAAAACAUAUGCCUUUUGGUGGGAAGAGACCAAUAUUUCAUACAUAUUGUUGACGUAAUGAAUUUUAGUUUUCCCUUUGAAAAAUGGUUUGGGCAAAAGCUGUAGUCCAAGGUUUGGAGAUUCUCUCAACUGAAAAGUGAAAGCCAAACGAACUAGUCAGUUUCUGCUUGAAAUUUUAUGUUUGAGUUAUAGGCUUUUAAUGAAGGAUUAAUUGCACAUUAGCAGACUUGAAUAAUUUCUCCUAGUAAACAUAGGGUGGAGCUUAUAGGGCGUUGCUAUCAUAGAAAGAAGGAUGGAUCCAACUGCAACUCAACCAGAACUUCCCCCCUUCAGGUAUACUUGCCUCAGAUCUGAGAACUACUCCAUUGCAUAGAUGAGAUCAACAAAAUUGGGCAGAGUAAUAAUAGGCGCAACUUUAUGAAAUUGCCUUGUUUAUCUAACAUUUGAAUUUAGAUGUAAUACAUAUGCUCAGAACCAUGGUUUAUGAUUUAACAUUCCAAUAGAUGAUAUUUGUGCUAAAUUAGCAUACGGACUGAGUGAAACAUAGAAGGUGCCAUUUGGAAAUCAUAUUGCAGAUGCACUUCUUGCUAUGCUCAUAUUUUUAUUUUUAUUCUUUUUUAUGUAUAAUCAUAUUUUACCAUAGUUCGGUCAUUGUUGUAUUCUUUUAAUAUCUUUUUAAAAUUUAGUAUGUGAAUAGUUAAUGUUAUUGUUUAUUUUCGUUUAUCUCCAUGUGAUUUUAAUAAGUUAGAGUACACAAUUUGGAGACU